AUGAGUCACGAUAAUGAUUAUAUUCAAUAUAAUUAUGCCGAACAAAUUCGAAAUUUUACACAAUAUAAAACUUCUCAACAAUCUGAAGGAUCGGGAAUUAAAAGUGAACCAUCUGACUAUAUACAAAAGGCUCUAUAUGCUUUCAACCCACAUCAGUCAUGGAAUCCUGCAGAUAUAACUCAUACAGGAGCAACUUCGAGUUCAGAUUAA